AUGGAGAGAAUUCUGGAUAAACAACAGUCUGUAAUAGCAGGAACCUCACCAUUCAUGUCUGAUUUUGAUUCUGCUGCUGAUGCACAUCAAGAAUCAGUAAAGCUAGUCACUGUGAUUCCCACUACUUUCUCCAUAAAACUCUCAGGAGCUAGAGCAGUUAUAAAUGUAUGGAUUUUCUUCAAUUUGUCAAAUAAAACAAUUUCCUGCUACCAUAAAUUAGAAAGUAUUGUAGAAGCAGCAGCUCACCUUGGAUACUCUACUGUAGCAGUUAAUCAUGUUCAUGUCAAAUGUAAUUUUGAGUUGAUAGCUGUCUCAGGAGGUUGUUACUGCCUUCAGUCUGUGGUGCCUAUUACCCUUCAGAACUUUGAAAAAGAAGCAAAAAAGGAAAUAGCUAAACCACUAUGUCAAGAGCUUUUUCAGCAAGCCCUGCAAGUUGUACAGGACACAGCCAAGCCAGUUAUCAUACUAACCAGAUUAACAACUGUGGCAUCAGAUCCAUCUCAGUGCACUGAAAUGGGGACAGCCAAGCCAUUUAAAAUAUUAUAUGAUACAGUGUCUGUGUUCCCAAAGACAGAGACGUUAUUUCAUACAGCUUGUUUAAAUUUAAAUAUGGAUCUAAUUUACAUAAAUGUGACAGAAAAGCAGCCAUUUUAUUUCAAAUGGACAGCAGUGAAUGCAGCAAUAAGCAGAGGAAUUUACUCUGAGCUUGUCUACACUCCUGCUAUCAGAGACUCUCUCAUAAGAAGAUACACUAUUUCAAAUGCUCUUAGUUUGAUGCAAAGUUGUAAAGGAAAAGUUUGUGUUUGA